AUGCAGAAGAGUCACCGUCAUGCCGGUGUUCUUCUCCCCGGGCCUCAGACGCUGCGCGCCGGGCUGUCCUACGUCGGGAGCGCCGUGUUCGCCAACAACCGUACGACGGACAGCGACGUGGCCCAGGAGCAGGACGACAGAUCAGCGGCCCACGAGCUGGUGUCCCACCUGCCGCUCCAGAUGCUGCUCUACUUCAACAUGUUCUACUUCCCCUGCUGGUGGGCGUCCGCUGUGGCCAUGCUCCACCUCAAGGUAACCUAGUUAGUACUCUAGUUAGCACUGCUAGUACUCUAGUUAGUACUUUAGUUAGUCAGUCAGAGAGGGAGCUAUAAAGGGCUGAUUGCUGUCCAACGUCACGCAACGCGAUGACCACGCAGACGCUUCGACGCGAUCCUGAAGCUGUUUUGGUUCUGCGUCGGGUUUUAGUGAGCGGACCAAUCACAGCCCUUGAUGCUGCGUCGCCUCGACGGAAGGGGGCAAUUUUGGGGAGGCGCACGCCAGGCCCUUGCAGGGGACGCAAGGAGGUCCGUAAACCCCCUUGCGUUGCGCGAACGUGGUACCAUAAUCAGCCCUUGAGUUAGUGUCGUGACUCGUGAAUGAGUUGUUACUUGUACUUACAUCGCUGUGCACUGCUUCUAUAAAAACCCAUGUCUAGUUGUGUCGUAUACAAUCCACUAUAAGACCUAAAAGUUAUUAAAGUUGUAACUAUUCAUCGUCCUUAUGUCUACCUUUCACGUGCUAUGUAGGCCUACGUCCAAUUGAUGGUGUGUGUGUGUGUGUGUGUGUGUGUGUGUGUGUGUGUGUGUGUGUGUGUGUGUGUGUGUGUGUGUGUGUGUGUGUGUGUGUGUGUGUGUGUGUAUGUGUAUCUCUGUGUGUGUGUGUGUGUGCGUGUGUGUAUCUGUGUG